AUGAAGAUAAACCCCGAUGUCGAAGACUACCAAGUGGCUUGGAUCACAGCCCUUCCCAUCGAACUCAGCGCAGCAACGGCGAUGCUAGACGCGGAAUAUGAAGGCAGCGAUGACACAACUCUAUACACACUAGGUCGCGUUGGGCGGCACAAUGUUGUCGUCGUUUGUCUCCCAGCCGGCCAGGUCGGUACCAGUGCUGCAGCGACCACAGUGACAGAAGUGCGAGCAAAAUUCCCGUUCCUACAAAUCGGCCUCUUGGUCGGAGUCGGCGGAGGUGUGCCUAGCACUGAGGCGGAUAUACGCUUGGGCGAUGUGGUGAUUAGCCAGCCGCAGCGAAACCAUGGAGGCGUGAUCCAGUAUGAUUCCAGCAAGAUCGGACCCGGUGGGAAACAUAUACCGACGGGAUUCGUGAACGGGCCUCCAUCGGUGCUGCUGACGGCUCUCGCGAAGUUGAAAUCGAACCGGUUGCUUGGGAGGAGUCGUCUGUCGACUUACUUGCAGUCGCUGGUGUCCUAUCCGGCCUUUCGGCGGGAUCAUGCUGGUCCAGACGUCCUGUUCCGGGCGAGCUAUCGCCACAACGGGGGCGCAACCUGUGAAGAUUGCUGUAGGGACAAGGAGAUUAAACGCCCGUUGCGGGAGGGAGAGGAUCCUGUGAUCCACUAUGGCACCAUAGCGUCUGGAAGCCAUGUCAUGAGAGAUGGCGAGACACGCAAUGCACUAAGCAAGGAGUUUGGAGGAAUCUUGUGCUUUGAGAUGGAGGCCGCCGGGCUCUUGAACGUCCUGCCCUGUGUUGCCAUUCGAGGCAUUUGCGACUACGCGGACUCGCAUAAGAAUAAAUCGUGGCAGCCGUAUGCUGCAGGAAAUGCCGCUGCUUGCGCAAAGGAACUCCUAGCCUAUGUGCCUGCGUUUAGUAGCUGGAAGAGCUCUGGCCGGGACACGCCAGUGCAAGAUACUGCUGCCAGGCGUAGCUUGAGAGAUUCCGAAGACAUCUCUAUGUGGACGCCAGAUGGAACCGUGUCCGAGGAGCAGUGGAACGAUGUAUGGACAAAGAAGCAUAUCCCGAAUGAUAACGAUCUUCUACCCCUGGAAGAAUCUCUCGGCCUUCAUCAAAUCUACCCAAGUUCAUCUACAACGCUGGCCUACGGGUUUGAUGUUGUGGCGGUUCACGGUCUGGGACAUUCUCACUCAACUUGGACAGUGGACAAUAAUUUCUGGCUCCGAGACCUGCUCCCUGAGUUGCCAGCAUUUCAGAUGUCCCGCAUUUUCACUUUCAACUACGAUGCUAGAAGUUUCGUUAGGCCUCUUGCUUUAUCCAUCCGCGGGAGGACAUUCACGUUUGCAGAAGCAUUACUGAGUGAUCUGGCAGAUAGACGUGCUUCUACUGCGGUAUGUGCUCCUGAAAAAUGA